UGUUGCCGUAGUGUGGCGACGAGGAAUUAGCUUCCUAGCAGCUAGCGUAACUUGCCGAAAACGUUUGUUUUAAACACACUGUCAAAUAAAUAAACACUUAAUUAAUUGUUAUUUAGGUGUUUUAGACAGUACAGUGAGCAUAUCUAAACUAAAUAAAUGCAGAUUGCUAGCUAGUUUCGCUUAUAUUCUCUAGCUAGCUGCAGUGGGAGCUGUUACUGGCCGACUCUUUCUUCUGUUUGAGAAGCUGUAGCCGUUUUAGAGUUGCACCUCUGAAUGUUGUGUAUAAUAUAUAUAUAUAUAUAUUCUAGAUUAUUUAAUAUUAUGUUGGUUUAGAACUGAUCGUUUUCAUUCACAGUGAUCUUCAGACAUCAUGAUCUUGUCUCGGGUGAAGCCGGCACUCGGUGGUGAAACCUCGCUGAGCUCCAGUGAGAAGAAAAGGAAGAAUAAGAGUAAAAAGAUUCCUCGGGUAGAAGAUUACCUCAACCAGAGAGACUACCUGGGAGCCAUUACACUGCUGGAGUUCCAGAGGAAUGGUGGAACAGCUGAGGAGAACACGGACCUCUGGUUAGGCUAUUGUGCCUUCCACUUAGGAGACCACAAGAGAGCGAUGGAGGAGUAUAAGACCCUGACCCUGAGCCCCGACUGUCCCUCUGAUGUCUGGGUGUUUCUGGGCUGCGCUCUGUUUUUCCUCGGCCUUUAUAAAGAAGCAGAAGUUGCUGCGCUCAAAGGACCAAAGAUUCAGCUACAGAACCGACUUCUCUUUCACUUAGCACACAAGUUUGGUGAUGAGAAGAAGUUGAUGGGAUUCCACCAGAACCUGGAGGAUGUGACAGAGGACCAGCUGAGCCUCGCCUCCAUCCACUACAUGAGGUCACACUACCAGGAGGCCAUCGAUAUCUACAAACGCAUAUUACUGCAGAACAGGGAGUUCCUGGCUCUGAACGUGUACGUAGCUCUCUGUUACUAUAAACUGGAUUAUUACGACGUGUCUCAGGAGGUUCUGGCCGUUUAUCUGCAGAGUGUUCCUGACUCCACCAUCGCCCUCAACCUCAAAGCCUGCAAUCACUUCAGACUGUACAAUGGCAAAGCUGCUGAGGCUGAGCUGAAGAACCUGAUGGACAUCUCCUCCAGCUCGUUUGAGUUCGCUAAAGAGCUGAUCCGACACAACCUCGUGGUGUUCCGAGGAGGUGAAGGAGCUCUACAGGUUCUCCCUCCUCUCAUCGAUGUCAUCACUGAGGCUCGGCUCAACCUUGUCAUCUACUACCUCAGACAGGAUGAUGUUCAGGAAGCAUAUAAUCUGAUUAAAGACCUGGAACCCACAACCCCUCAGGAGUACAUCCUUAAAGGAGUGGUGAACGCAGCACUCGGACAGGAAAUCGGAUCUAGGGAUCAUUUGAAGAUUGCACAGCAGUUUUUCCAGCUGGUCGGAGGUUCAGCUAGUGAAUGCGACACUAUCCCUGGUCGACAGUGUAUGGCUUCCUGCUUCUUCCUGCUGAAACAGUUUGAGGACGUGCUGAUCUAUCUCAACUCAGUAAAGAGUUAUUUCUACACUGAUGACACGUUUAACUUCAACUACGCUCAGGCCAAAGCUGCUUUAGGGAACUUUAAAGAGGCCGAGGAGAAGUGUUGGUGUGUCUGUGUGUGUGUGUGUGUGUGUGUGUUUGUACAGGUGUUCCUGCUCAUCCAGAGUGAGAAGAUCAGGAAUGACUAUGUGUAUCUGAGCUGGCUCGCCCGCUGCUACAUUAUGAAUCAGAAAGCUCGGCUGGCGUGGGAACUUUACCUCAAAAUGGAGACUUCAGCUGAUUCCUUCAGCCUCCUGCAGCUCAUCGCCAAUGACUGCUACAAGAUGGGACAGUUUUACUAUGCGGCGAAGGCGUUUGACGUUCUGGAGCGUCUGGAUCAUCAGAAUCCGGAAUACUGGGAGGGAAAGCGUGGAGCCUGUGUGGGAAUCUUCCAGCUCAUCCUGGCAGGACGAGAACCGAGAGAGACUUUGAAGGAGGUUUUGCCAAUGUUACGCAGCGCAGGGAAUCCGCAGGUCGAGUACAUCAUCCGCAUCAUGAAAAAAUGGGCCAAAGACAAUCGAGUGGCUCUGUGACAGGCCAAUCAUCAUCUACGACAUUACUGUGUGGAGCGUAAACUCGUAAUUCUCUCUAAUCCACAUCAUUUAACCUGUAGAAAGUUUAUUUUGUAACAUACAGUGCAUUCGGAAAGUAUUCACAGCGCUUCACUCUUUUCCACAUUUUGUUAUGUUACAGCCUUAUUCCAAAUGGAUUAAAUUCAAUAUUUUCGUCACAAUUCUACAAACAAUACCCCAUAAUGACAACAUGAAAGAAGUUUGUUUGAAAUCUUUGCAAAUUUAUUAAAAAUAAAUGUUUAUAUAUAUGUAUAUAUAAAUGUUUUUGUGAAUAAAAACUUAUUUUUAGUCAUGUUGUGUCAGACAGAAGUGUGAAAGACUACAAUUUACUUAUAAUGCCAAUUAACAUACUAUUUACAUUUAUGGCAUUAAUAAAU